CAGUGGCCAUGCAUGGUGGAUUUGAAUAUUUUCAGUGUUGGGUAGCUGUUCCUGAGCUAAGUAAAGUUAGUUGGCAGUAACGACGCCGUUUUCUUUCUCUAUAUUCUUGCCGUGAGAGAGGAAGACGAGCCAAGCCGUUUUAUUUAGCUACGCUGGAUUGGCGUACAGAAAUUUGGAUUUAGUCUUGGUGAGCUGAACAAAAUUAAUAUCUUGCCUUUUCGGCUCGUGAAAACCAGAAAUAAUUAUUACUUUGGCCAGCUUUGGAAGAUUUGGCUUCUGUGCUUGGAGACAUUCCGAAACGUAGCUGAUUUCAUGCUGAAGAUGAGGUGACUGAAUCAGUAACACGCUUGUUGCGUGCCUCCCUGUUGGAGACUCCUGCUAUGUAGCCCAGAAGCAUACAGCUCCAGACAUUAUUUUCCGAGUCGUUUUGUAACUUCGUGUUGUUCUAAGUCGAUGGCACAAUGUCGUAUGUGACUAUAGAUGCCGUUGUAGGGUUGGAUGCACCAUGGACGCAGGUACUAAGGUGCUUACUGAUGGAUAUACUAGCCGUGGCUGUUGUCGAAAUGGGAACGCAUUCACUGGCCCAGCAGCGUAUCAUGUCACCAGAAGAACAGCAAACGUGGCAGUGGGUUAUGGAGGUGGUGCUGCUGUCAGGCAUUGGGUGUGUGCUGUUCCUCAUUCAUCACGUUCCAAUCCUGCUCAUACUGGCUGUUCUCAUUAUAUUGCUGCGAUUCAUGGCAGCUUAUCGGACCAGCAGGCCAUCUUCCACUAGUACGCUACCAGUUGCUGCCUCUAGUAGGAGACGAGCUCCGUCCAUGCGGCACCUGACCUCGGAAAGUGAUGAUGACAUUGAUUUUUACACAUCGCCCAGCUAUCAACCAAGCGGAACAGCUGCUAGCUGCAAAAAGUCAAAUGGCUCUAGCCAUUUUGGCAAUGUGUCACUCCUGCAGAGGCGUCCGCUCUCAGCUCGUCCUGCAGUAAUACCUCAGUCACGAUUUAGUUCCAGAGGGACUAGUGAAACAGUCCAUGAAGCACCUGCUGGCACUGGUAUUACUCAGUUAGGAAGUGGAUAUGACGGUCACUUGUCAAAACUUAGAAAGUCGUUUGACUGGGCCAUGGGUCACUGGAAACCUGCGUGUGAAGUCUUAUCUUCAUCUUCGCUCUACAGUACUAGUUCAUUAGGUCCAACACAUCAGAGAGAAACUAGCACGCUCCACUUGCCGCCACAGCAGCAGCAGCAUCUGAUCACUAGUAGCAGUUCCUAUCCACCUGGGCUUCUCAACUCUGGCCAGAACCUUUGCUUUCUCAACUCGGCCGUGCAGUGCUUGGCCCGUUGCCCGGGCUUUGCUGAUUCUUUGGCUGCAGCAGCUUCCGCCGCUGAUGGCGGAAGCACUGCUGUGGACUGUGUCUUGCAGAGGCAGUUACUUGCGGAGAGUUUAUCCUUGCUCCGGCAAUGCAGGAAGCCAGCUGAGAAGUCGUGUGCUCCCCGUGUAAUCGACACGAUAGCAUUCCGUCGGUUGGCAUCCGGUUUACCUGGCUCAGUUGUAGCUAGCCCUGCUGCUUCUCUAUACGGUCAACGACAGUCCGACACCAGUGAGUUCCUCCUGUGGCUCUUUGGCUUAUGGCACACGACAGGGAUGCGCUGCCCACAGUCUUCCCCCGGGCUGAAGAACCUGGCAGAACAGGAAGUGGAACUAAUAUGCCAAACCGUUGGCAGUGCAAAUAAUGACACUGAGAAUCUCCUGCGACAACUGCCUACACUGACUGCAACAUCACUCAACCAAAUAGCUGCCAAGUGCAACCAAUUGUUGUCUGUCCCUACCGGGAAUGAUACUAUUACCCAUAGUCUCGCCUCUGUUGUGGUGGAGUGCGAGCGGCUUCUUUUCUCCAUUUCUCCCGUAUCUCACUGUGUCUCGUUUCAGGUAGUGGCCGAGCGUCGCUGUCAACAAUGUCGAUGCUUGUUGGUGCGGAGUGAGCCUUGCAGUAUCCUCUCUCUGCCCUUACCUCCAGUGUCGCAGUCAGGAGAGUCCAUUCCACUUGCCACGUGCCUCGAACACUUUUCCCGUGUUGAGCAGGUGGAGCGAUUCCAGUUUGAGCACUGCCAAUGCGGUGACGUUGCGCUGUGUCGUCAGGUGAUCCGUAGACCUCCACCAGUGCUGUGCAUACAGCUGCUCCGCUUUGCGUACGACCAGACGCGCAACUCUACGCAGAAGGUCCUCCUGCCGGUGUCGUUUCCACUGACCGGUCUAUCUCUUCGGUGCAUUGAGUUUGACGACGGUGGUGCGGGUGCUGGUGUCGAUGAUGGCCAUGCGCUCUAUGACCUGUGUGCGGUGUGUACUCAUAUCGGCCAGACGAACGCAUCGUUUGGCCACUACAUCGCGUAUGCUAAGGAGCAACCAUCAGGGGAAUGGUACAAGCUCGACGAUAAUGCGGUGUAUCCCGUAAACGACAUGAGCUCAGUGAUAAACUCUCGGCUCCUGCUCACCAGCGCGUAUCUUCUCUUCUACGCCAGAAGGUAGGCAAGGGAAGCGUGGAAUUGUCUUGCUUUUUAACUCUUCAUCACAGUGUCGGUCUUCUUGCGCUUUCCGGUCUCUAUUUUCACAGCACACUAAUCAACACGGAACGACAGUCAUGAUCAACUUUAUAUUUAUUUUUCAUGUUAUACAUCAACCAUACUAGAACUAACUAUUGAGUCAAUUUCCCUUUUAAAUGGCUAGAAGUCUCUCAUCUUGCUUUGUCAGGUAUCAACAUGGUCCGUGCUACUGACUAUACGCAGAAUUGUGUCACUCAACGUUUUUGUUUGUUUUUUAAAUAUCCGUCGAGUUUGUUCAAAGAGUACCGGAAUUGUUAUAUUAUUUUCUUUCUCAGACUUUCUUGUCAUUGUAUGACGGCCGGUUGUUUUUCACCGUCCAUUUUCUUUUGAUCUUGUCCAGGCUGGCCUGUGAUGAUUCUUGUAUAAAAAAAACCUCUUUUCGCAAA